UAUAAUGCGCUCACUCGCGAAAACUGGUAAUUUAUGCUGAUUUACGAUUAACAUAAAUUACAUGUUGGCACACAGCGCAGAAUCAGAAGUGUGGCAGUUCUCGUAAGCUUGGAAUUCUUUCAUUGUUAGCAGCUGUAAUUAUUUUAGGGCUUCGUAAAGGACAUCAAGCCAUUCAUCUGAGACCUUACGAGCCUGCCACGAGACCCUCAGAAUGGAUCUAACUGAUCGAAACUGAUAGAUAUCAACUGUGGGCGAAAAAUGACAUAGCGAAUGGACGGGUUGGACUAUAAAAAAAACAGACGAAGAAGAUUUCAAUCUAGCAAACUAAUCCUCCCUUUUUGAGCUUGAUAAACUAUGAAAAGCAAACCUAUUUUUGGUUCAAGUUUCGCUCGACUGCCAAAUGAUAAUAAAGUCGUUUAUGAUGGCUGAAACUGUUAAAGAGGGAGAUGACCGAAAAGCGAAAUUCGUUUCUGGUCAACAAAUUAACAUAGCAAUUGCCUCCUUUUUCUGCAAAACUAAGAUAAAUCAGAAUUAACUUCUGCCCGCCAUUUACAACCAGCGCCGAAUCUGUAGUCCCUUCAUAAGAAAAAUUCGCCUCUUGCUUAUAUCUUAAGUGAAUCACUUACCAGCGGUUUUCUUUGUUUUUAUAGUCGGUUAAAUAUUGCGCCCUGAAUUUUCGGCUCGAAACUGUCACGCCCUUUAUGGGAGAAUAGACGCCCUUUGCGGUUGAAAAUGAAUAGAGCCAGCUAAGACCUCAAAAUAAUAGAAAUUUUCUCAUUUUAGAUUUGAGUUGAAUCAUUAAUGGUAACAAAGUCGAUGGACCGUGCUUUCUGUCAUCCUAUUCCAUCGUACGCUGUUCCUGUAUUGACUUUAUACUGACAACUGUGAACUGGAAUACCACCUCUGUUUGACGCACCAGUACAAAGAAAAAGUGAGAGGAAAGGCGCAUGUUUAUCUGAACAGUAGAAGCAAAUUCCCUUUGGAGAGUUGCGAAAAGAAUACUUGCAGGAUAAUUUCAAUGAAGGGUAGGGUUGUAGGGGAGGGCUGGACACCUAAUGAUUUUGGAAUGAUCCUGUACGUUAGCAGACAGACUUGGCCAGCCCUAGCGUGUUGCAAAGCAAAACACAGAUGCUCUUAUUAAAAGUACAGAAAGAAAUACACCCAUUUCGAAUUAUAGAUCUCAUAAGUGAUAAACAUCAUGAAUUUUGAUGUAUUAAAAGAAAGAGAAUUAACUGCUUCGCUGUGUAACCAUGACCUCGGAGAAUGGCCGAUCUAACUGAUAGAUAUCAACCGUGGGCGGAAAAUUGGACUAUAAAAAGCUGACGAGAAAGAUUAAAAUCUAACAAAGUAAUCCUCCUUUUUUCAGCUUGAUAAACAUAUCAAAGGCAAACCUAUGUUUGGUUCAAGUUUCGCUCCACUGCCAAAUGAUAAUAAAGUCACUUAUGAUGGUUGAAACUGUUAAAGAGGGAGAUGAGCGAAAAGCGAAAUCGAUUCAAUUCGUUUCUCGACAACAAAUUAACAUAGCAAUCGUCUUAUUUUUCUGCAAAAGUAACAUAACAAAGAAUUAACUUCUGCCCGCCAUUUGCAACCGCCAUCGAUUAACAAUGCACCAUUUGCUCGAACUCUAAUUAAACCACUUACGAGCGGCUUUCUUUUUUUUUUUUUUUUUACAUAGUCCGUUCAAUAUUGCGCCCUGUAAUUUCAGCUUGAAACUGUCACGCCGUUUAUUGAAGAUGAGACGCCCUUUCCGCUUGAUAAUGAAUAGAGCCAGCUUCUUGGCUCAAAACAAAAGAAAUUUUCUUAUUUUAGAUUUAAGUGGUAUCAUUAAUGGUAACAAAUUCGAUGGACCGUGCCCUCUGUCAUCCUACUCCAUCCUACGCUGUUCUAGUAUUGAAUAAUUUACUGACAAUACCACUGGAAUAUCACUUCUGUUAGACGCACCGACCAGUACAAAGAAACAGUGAGAGGAAAGACCCUGUUAAUCUGAACGGUAGAAACAAAUUCCCCCGGGAAAGUUACGACAAGAAUUUCUAUGAAGGGCAGGGUUAAAAACGGAUGUUCAUAUCAAACCUGUAGAAAGAAAUACACCCAUUUCGAAUUACAGAUAUCAUAAGUGAUAAACAUCAUGAAUUUUGAUAGAAUAAAAGAAAGAGAAUUAACUGCUUCGCUGCGUAAUCAAUUCAAUUUGCUUACACGUAAAAGCCACGUUCAUAUGUCAUAUUUCAUCAGAACUUCAGAGGGUGUUGACCUGCUGUGUUGAAGUUUAAUUACGGUGCUGACAUUCUCUAUUUGAAACUUUACCGGAAGUUUGAAGGUGACAUCAAUGACCAUGAGCCCAACUUGGAUGGUGUUCGUCUUUUCUCUUGUUACGAGUGGAGUUCACUGCGGAAAGAGGGGGACGCAGCCUAACUAUGAAGCGGUAGUUUGUGAGGGCAAGUCACUCGAAAUCAAAUGUAAGGGACAGCAGAUUGAAAUUGUUGGGGCGGAAUAUGGGAGGACAGAGCCAGGAAGCAAGUAUUGCCCGUUGGCUUUGUUUGACUGGAAUACGAAGUGCUAUUCUACAGAGAGUACCUUGGAAAUCACCAAAAAGGAAUGCGAUGGCUUCAGGUCUUGCACUCUCUAUGCCAAUAACGUGGACUACGGUAACCCGUGUUUUGGUACCCAUAAGUAUUUGAAGGUCAAUUACAGGUGCAUACCAGCAACACCAGAAGCCUUGCAGAAGAUUCGCGUCUGCGAAGGUCAUCAAGCCUAUAUAGACUGCCCCAAUGAACGCAAGAUUGAAAUCGAUUAUGCAAAUUAUGGCCGUUUGAAGGGAGCACAUGUCUGUGGUUUCUUGAUCGCCUUUAACACAAACUGCGGGGCGGAGAGCUCCAUGGCCACCGUGGAGAGAGACUGCACUGACCAGAAUAGUUGUUUGCUGGAAGCAAACAACGCCAAGUUUGGCAAGGAUCCUUGCCCCCUCACCCUGAAAUAUCUGGAGGUCCAUUACCGUUGCCGAAACUUUUAGCCGAGUUGGCAUCAUUAUUAGCUGGUGCUGUCCUAAAACAUGAGUGCAACAAAGGACAAAGAAACGCAUCUGGAAAACUGCGAUGUAGAAAUAGAAAAGGGAAAUAAAAAUGGGAAAUAAAAAUGGAAGGUCAUUGUCAAGAUGUGGUGUUCAAUUAUUCCAUAAGGUGGCUUACUAGGCGGAUUUUGAGAGAGUGAUACGACCCUACAGCUACACUUCAGGAAUUAGAAGUGAAAUAGAAAUCUAUAAGACUGGUUUUGAGAUAUUUUUUAAAUAGGCAAAUUCACAUUUUCCUGGCGGCGAAAAAUCUGCGGCAGAUUUCUGUUUCACUUUACAUGAAUGUUUAAUCAGAGCUAGUUUCUAAUCCCUGAAAUUAUGAGGUGGUGUUGUAAGGUAGACUUGAGAAAAAAAUGUCACCGAAAUUAGUUACGUCCAUUUUUACAUAUUUUACAUGGCUAGCUCCGUGAGCGGGCAAGAUGAACCAAAUCCCGCGCUGUGAUUGGCUACCCGAGCGGGCAGGAUGACCGUAUCUUACCUGCACGGUUUUUCGCGCUGUGCCCCGCAAGAAAAAUCUGUCCCGAAGCCAAGGCAGGUUCAUCAAAGUCCAUAUAAUAAAUUCUUUAUUCUCUAAGCUUGUUUGGUCAAGAUGGUUGGUGAACUGAGACAAGUACGAACGUUUCAUUAGUGAGAUCUGUUAACGUCUAGGUUCAACGCAGCACAUUAAGGAAGUAAUAUGUCAUACACAACUUAAAACACAGCGCACAGAGAAUUGAAAACAUAGCGCGCAAAGAAGUAUUUUUGGCGAACUUCGAGGUGUUUGGAAAUGUUUGAUAUGACUUCUCAAUCGAAACUAAAAUUAAGGGGAAAACGAAGAAGCAAAAUCGCAAAUUAUUAGAGCAUUUGAGAAAUACGUUAACUGACACACGAUUCACCUGAAAAAAUCUAAGACAUUUUGCCUAUAUAUCUGCUGGGCGUCCUCUCACCAGCUUCGCGCUGAUAGCAAGGUUGUGUUAUAGAAUCAAGUGAUACUAGUGAUAUUAGCGACCCCGAUGCAGCGCUUAACUGUAGUGAGAGUAACAGAGGGAAUGUGGCAUCAUUUAUGUAGCUUUUAAAAGGAAUAAACUAACUGCAAAAAAAAAAAAACGCUUCAAAUUAACGCUAACCUAACUUCCAUUUUCUCUAAUUGGAAAAAAUUAAUAUUUCAAUAAAUACACGUUCCACAUUAUUACGCCAUUCCGCAACACAUGCUACAUGCCACAGUGCAAACUUCUCCGUGCUUCUACAGGUGCACCAUCAAACGCAGAGAGCGCUGCAAUGCCGCACUCAGUAGAUUCUCUAACUUGAGUAUUGGCGAAUCUUUUGCCGACGUCAUUGUUUACAUUUUUCCCCGUUAACAUACGACUUUGCGCAGGGAAGGCAUCGUCCUUGACACGAACUUAUACAAACAUAAAAGAGCUUGUGAAAUUUACUAGCUGUGUUAUCGAGAGCCUUGUAAAUACGAAGUUUCUUGUAAUUUCUAGAAUGUGUAGUCACGACAAUGUUCGUACCAGAACAUUCUACUGUCAUGCUAUGGAACAGUUUAGAACAUUCCCCUAAAUGAUGUAAUUAAGAUGCAGUGCUACAUAAAUAGUUGUGUUAGAAGCUCCAAGAACGUUCUAGAAUAUUAAAUAAUUGUAUAGCAGGACUCUCACUCAGUUAGCGAGCGUGGGUUGUUAUUGUUGUCGGCAGAGACCGACUGGAGAAGCUAUACCAAGAGGAUCGUAGAGAACUAUCGAGCAUAAUUGAGGAACUUCAUUUAAAGUCAAGUGGAUCGAGAGGAGAUUUCUUCGAAGACCACGACAUUUACUGUUGGUUUGUGGCAGUGAUGACUGAGGAUUUAGUAGGAGCCUUAAGUUGCUUAGAAGUCGCUCCUUGUAACUAGGGGAUUUCACUACUUACAGUGUAUCACUAAAUAAAUAAGUUGGGUUUGUUGUGUAUCUUCUCUGUCGGUUUUGUGAUACCGUAGCAGUUGGUGAGAGUUUUGGCACUUUGGGUGCAAUAUUCAAGGAAAAUUAGCUUUCAAAAACUGCGAAAUGUCUGGGUGGCAAAAGCAUUCAUGAGUUCAUACUAUCUUUCAUUUCGAGUUUUUAAACCCGCGUUGCACAAAAUGGAUUCAAUACAUCGGACUCAAAUUCCCUGGAACAGUUAAUUUAACCAUGCCAUUUCAAUAUACAGAACUGAUAUUUUUGUAUCUUGCUCAGAAACUGAGACGCGCAAGCUAAGGAGACAAUUACUGUAAACAAAGAUUCCCCUAAGUGAAUAGAGAUGGUGAA